AUGAAAGAUUACAGAGUCCCUCGUACUAGCUUACUGAAUCUGCAGAAACCAUUUGAAGUGGAAGCAGAUGCAUCGAACUAUGCCAUAGGAGCUAUAUUAUUUCAGGAUGGGAAACUAGUUGCAUACCAUUCUAAGAUGUUUAGUGGAUCGGUAUUGAACUACCCAACUUAUGACAAUGAGCUAUAUACAAUGCAUCAAGCAGUGAAGCAUUGGAGAGCUUACUUGUUAGGAAAAGAAGUCAUAGUUCACUCAGAUCAUAACCUCUUCAGUUUGUAA